AUGUACAUGCUUAUUAAAUGUAUAUUAAAAGAUGCAUGUAUUUCUAAAGAAUUAGAUAUAGAUUAUUUUAUGUUUACAAUUCCAACUGGUAGUAGUGAUUAUUCUAAAAAGAUUUAUCGUAAUUGUAUUAAAAAAGCAUGUAGUGAAAUAUUUAAAUUACAAAUAGAUGAUUCUAAAAUAAUUAUUAUAGAAGAAUAUAGAUUAUUAUCAUUAUGUUUUACAACAAAAUCAAAUAAUAAUAGUAUUUUAUUAUCAGAUAUUGGAAAUUUAACAGUUGAUAAUGCAUGUCUUGAAAGACAAAAUGAAAAUGAAAAAUUUAAAUUAACUCAUUCAUCUGCUGAAGUAUCUGGUACUGAACUUAUUCAUCAAACUAUUGAAAAAUAUAAUAAUAUUAAUUCAUUUAAUUUAAUGUCAGCCAUGUUUAGUUCAUGUGCAAAAUCUUUAAAUGAAGAAUGUUUAUUUAAUAUAAUUGGUAGUGAUGAAAAUUUAAUUAAAAAACUUGAUACUGAUAUUGAAAAGGCAAUUAAUAAUAUGAUAACUCCAAUAUUUGAGGUUUAUAUGGAGAGAAAUAUUGAUCAAGUAAUUUUAUUUGGUGCCAUUACAGAUCAACCAUAUUUUAAAUCAAAAAUUGAAGAAUGUUUUAAAAAUGCAAAUGAUUUUUAUAGUAAAAGAGUUUUUCUAAAGAAGGAAUUUAAGACAAUACUACAAGAAGAAAAUGAAAUUAAAUAUCACAUUCAUGAAUGUAAAAGAACAGCACUCAUUCAAGGUAUAGAACAAUUAUUGAAAAAGGCAAUAUUAGCACCUAUUACACUUAUUCACACUAAUCAACCUACUUUUUAUCAGGAAAGAGCUGGUAUUUUAUUAAGUGCAUCAAGAAAGAAGAGAAAAAAGCAAAGUACAGUACAAUCAAAUGUAAUUAAUAUCUCUGAAUGGCUUACUAUUGAUUUUAAUAUUAACAAGUCAACUGGUGAUGGAAUAUCAAGUUCUGAUUUUGAAAUAUUAAUUGUUAAAUUUAGAAAUACUACAAAUUUAAACAAACUUACAAGUAUAACUAGAAGUAAUUACAACAAAAUUGGACUCUUUGAUAUUGAACGUCAUUCUACAUAUUCCAUUGAAUUUUGUAAGGAAAUUACAGCAUGUGGUGAUAAUUUUGAUGUUAAAGUAGAUUUAAAUAAGAUUUAUAUUCGUUAUAUGGAAUUUGAUAAUUAUAUGGAACAAUCAUUUGAUUUUAAUAGAAAUAUUUGUGUUGAAAGAGUUUCAGUGAAUGAAAUUCCAUCAAUUCUAACAUCAAAUGAAUCUGAAACAAUGGUUAAUUUCUAUGGAAAUCCAAUUAGAGCGAAAUUAACAGUUACUUUAAAUAAGGGUACUAUUGUUAAUGAUUCUGAACAAGAUAUGUUAUUUAAAUCAAUGUAA